UACCAAAUUGCUGCAAGGAAUAGUUCAAGCCGGCAACCAGGGCAAGUGUUUGGAUGCUCAAAUUGGGGAAUGGCGGUCAACGUGUACUCUACCUCUAUAACCCAAGAGACUAUGAGCAGACAUGACAUCAUUGCAUGGGUUAAUGAUAUAUUAGCUUUAAACUACACAAAAGUCGAACAACUCUGUUCAGGAGCAGCUUACUGCCAGUUCAUGGACAUGUUGUUCCCAGGGUGCAUUAGCCUGAAGAAAGUAAAGUUUCAAGCAAAGCUGGAGCAUGAAUACAUUCACAACUUCAAACUUCUGCAGGCAUCAUUUAAAAGAAUGAAUGUGGAUAAGGUAAUUCCCGUGGAAAAACUGGUCAAAGGGCGCUUCCAAGACAACUUAGAUUUCAUUCAAUGGUUUAAGAAGUUCUUUGAUGCUAACUAUGAUGGGAAGGAGUAUGAUCCUGUGGAAGCUCGACAAGGCCAAGACGCUCUUCCUCCACCAGAUCCUGGUGAACAGAUCUUCAACCUGCCCAAAAAGUCUCACCACGCAAACUCUCCAACUGCAGGUGCUGCUAAAUCCAGUCCAGCUUCUAAACCAGGAUCAACACCUUCUCGUCCAUCUUCAGCAAAAAAAGCCACACCAAGCAGCUCAGCAUCCAAAUCAGAUAAAGAUUUGGAAACUCAAGUCAUACAGCUCAGCGAACAGGUACAUUCAUUAAAACUUGCACUUGAAGGCGUGGAGAAGGAAAGGGAUUUCUACUUUGGCAAAUUAAGGGAGAUUGAACUUCUCUGCCAAGAACACGGGGGAGAGAAUAACGACCUUGUCAAUCGGCUAAUGGAAGUCCUUUACGCAUCAGAAGAACACGAGAGCCACACAGAAGAGCAUGAAGGUGAAGAGCAAGUCCAUGAACAGCCCCAGCAGCAGGAGGAGUACUGACUCACCCAGCGUCUCUGACAAUUUUCGUUUUGUGUGAGAACUUUAUUCUGGAGAAUGGAACAUGUGCGGCCUCAAACUUGAAAUCAGUUCACUCCAAGUCUGCCAUUAACAUUUAUGUACCAUAGUGAGUGCCAGCCAACCACUGCAUUCUGUACCCAUACUUUGCCAAGAUGCAUUUGCAGACGUCUUCUUUCAGUGUAUCUUCCCAAGAGGUUGUAGGGCUACAUCACCUACUGUACAUCACUGCAACUUCACCACUUGGCUGCUUGAGAUUUGUUCUGCUCUUUAAAAAAAAAAUAUUUAUUUUUUUUUCUUUUUUGUCUUAAGUAUGAUACACUUGUAACUUGUUCUAACAUAUUUAUAUUGGCAUUUUGUGUGGCAAGAAGUACCGUACCACUAGCUGUGUCUCUCACUUUGUGGUGCUUUCGCGUUUUCUAGUACAUCUGCCUUGGGGCAUAAAUUUGGUUGAACAAUUGGAAUAAAGGGAUACAGUGGAAGUCAUACUCAAGCCAUAAUGAUGAGGUGUGUUGUGGAGGAAAAUGCUCGUGUUGCUCAUGUUUAUUCCUUUCCUGCCUUCGCAAAAUGGAGGGCAGAGCAUCUGUUUCACUAGGAGAGAUUUAAACCCCUGUGUUAGAAAACUUGUUAGAAAGCUGCAUGGUAUGUUUUUUGGCUCAUUUCUGGAGGAACAGACAUCCACUUAAGUUUUUUUGAAAACCCUCCCAGAUUCCUGACUAGUCAAUAGACAUUUCCCAGCUUUUCUUCCUUCCUGAGGAAUCCAGUCCCAGCCUCCAGCUGCAGCUCUGCCUCCGCAGAGCUCAGUGCUGAGGGAGAAAUCUUGACACAGGUAUAACUGCAGGACAUGAUCUCUGCCAUCAUACUUGUCUUUCCACCCCUUAGAAGAGGACAAUGUAGGCCAGCCAUUUUUUUCACUAUCCUUCCCCCUUCUGCUGCCCCAGCUGUACAAGUAUGGAAGACAGACAUUUCCUCACUAGUGCAAGGCAUGAGGAAAAAACUAGCAACAGCACUAGCCUUGAACCCCCACCAAACUCCCUUUGAGUGGGUGGUGGACACCUCAUGGCUGUUGAGGCUGCUUCCAGAGCACAGAGAGGCAGUGAGGAGUCCUUUUGGACAGAGAGCACACAUCAGAGGGAGACCAGCUGACUGAGGGGCACAGAGCCAGUUCUGUGCUUGGUUGACCUUCCCCUGGUGAGGCUGGCAUGGUGCAGAACCGUGUCUGCCCUGGAGAUGUCUGCAGUGAGAGCGUUCCCUUCCAGUGCGGUCCCAUCACCCUGUUCUAAAUGGUGUUUUAUAAACAGAAGUAUCUUGAAGUAUGUAAAGCAUUCCUUAUUUUCCUCAUAAAACUGCGCAUUGUAGCCUCUCUGAAUAGUUAAUGCUUGAUAUUCUUGGUCUCUCACCUGAUUUUCUUAAUUCUCAAUUGUUACGCUGAUUUAACAGGUACAUGGAAGUCCAACCCCAAACAGCAGUUACUGAAAAACUCCAAAGCCUACUGAACAGCUAAAUCAUCUUAAACCUUUGUGGGGUCCUAAAGCAUAAGUUCCCAGCUUAUGCUUCCAUAGAAACAUUUUCAAUUAACCACCCCCAGCAUGCGCAGUUUUCUGUUCCUAAUCAAUCUUCUGCAGCUAAGUGGCUCUUAGUUAAAUGUGAGAUCACUGCUGUUGUGUGGCACCACAGACAAUAUAUAAUAUACUGUUAAGCACUAGAACAGGUAUUUCCACUUCCUUGAUCGCUCCCCUUGCUCAGCAGAAGAGUUUCUGGACCCUGCGGGCUGAAGGUUUCCCAGCCCUGCCUCCAGCAUUGACCUCAUGACCUACCUGGUGAUGAAGUGAAAGUACCGCAACCCGCGGGCCAACGCUUUCCCAUUUCAAUUGGUUACGAAUAAGGUCUGGUUUAUAAAAAUAUGUAUAUUCCGAAAUGAGUAUUUCCAAGAAUCACCACAAAUGGGGGAAUUGUCAUUUUUGUUGUAUUUGUGUUUAUUAGAACAUAUGUACCUAUUACAAUUGUCAUUGUAAUAAACGGUAGUUCUUCAUAAUACUGUUGAACUGAAGAGCAGUUACUAAUUUUUUACAGUCUCCAGAAUGUCCUUUAACCUGUAUGGGAUUUCUGAUGGGGCAAGAAGUUUUGGGAUCCAGGCUAUAAACAUAAUGUCAUCAACAUCAGUCUCUGCCUACUGCAGUUCAUCCUUCUGCUAAUGCUUGAGCAGAUGCAUGGAGAGCAUGUCAAAAGAAAAUGUUUUUCUAAAGGUGCAAGUGGUUGGGUUGCUGAGCACCCCAGAGGGUUCACAGCCCGGCUGUUUGUGCCUCUCUCCUUUUCUCUCUUUGAAGCACAUUUUUUAAAAAAAAAGAAUUAAAAAGCUGAACUUCAUUUCCUGAAAAUUUCUUAUAUCCUGUUUCUGGUCUGAGGACUGCAGCCCUCUCACUGCUUGUAACAAGGGGGAGGUGACCGACGGAGGGAGCUGGGGCAGUAAAGUACCUCGUGGGCACUAGAAAUUGGCUGCGCUGAGGGGAGAGCCAUGCUCUGAAAGGGGAAAGAGUUGUCCUUCAGCCCCCACCCCUGUGAGUAACCUAUUCUUCCGUUACGGUUUUAAUAUGCAUUUGUAAUUACCUUUACUAAAUAGCACACCAUAAAGCUUUGGUUAUAUAUUAAAUGUAAACUGAAAGGAAUGUAAACAUAUGUAUUGUUAAUUAUAAAUAGAUAAGUAAUGACAUAAUAGAUACAAAAAGUCUUAUUCAGAUGUAUCAGUCAUUUUACAUUAUCCACAAAUUGUCGCAUGGUAGAGUAGAUUUUUGUCUGAAUAUGUGAAUAACUUGACUUGCAUUUAUCUUUUUACAUAUUUAAUAAAAAAAUAUAUGUUAAAA